GAGGCGAUUCAGUAACAGUACGAUUGUUUGUAUACAUUAAUCAAAUCAUAAACACUGUCAGUUCAUUAGUGAGGAAAGUCACGUGCCACGAACCGCUGGACCAAUCAGGAUCGAUUUUUCAAACUAGAUUCUCGGAAUGAAAGUCAGCUUCAUAAUUGAACGCUCUUGUAAAGUGAUAUGUGAUUUAAAUAAUUUGUGGAGAUGACAUAGAUAACAAAAAGAGACAAGGAUUAUAUCUGAAAUUAUUCAUGGAAUAUUCACACACAUUUCGUUUGAUAUUUGGUCUUUUAUGCAUAGAGCAGAGUUUGGGCUGGCAUGCUUUUGACAACACAGAUUACCAUUGCUGGGACCUCUCGGCUAGUUCUACAAAUACUGUACCGAUAUCAUGUGAAGGUUUUGAUCUGAGGUGGAUAACGACCGCUGGGGAUACGAUUCCAGUCCAGGAGCAUUUUACAUUGACCUAUGAACUAAUUGUGAAUGACGGCUUUUACACAUGGGCAUUUGACAAUAAUUACUUUAAUGGAAUUGGUGGUGUAACAAGCGCCGCACAAGCGAAGACAUGGUGUGAAACGACUGUGUGCCCAGCGGCCUCUAGCGCCACUACGACAAAUUGUUGUGUUUGGCACGUUAACGUACACUCGUGUCCACUGGAGGACACAGUCGGCGGGUUGUGUGGGCCAUGGAUCCAACCUAGCGGCGCUACCUUUACACAUUCAGAAGUCAUAGUUGGUGAUAUAAACACGGGUAACUGGACAUCUGAGGUAGCCGGUCUGUACCAACUAGGAGUGACGUCAUUAAUUGCACAUUUUAAAAUAGCUGGAAUGCAGAUUGCGCUUGAAACACAAACAAAUGUCGUACCGCGUGCAGAAUGUGGAGAUGAUGUGUGUGAAGAAAAUGAAGGCGAAGAUUGCGAGAGUUGUCCGAAGGAUUGCGGGAAAUGUCCCCUUAAAGCUUGGCAGAUCGCUUUAAUUGGCAUAUUUGGCUUCCUUGUAAUAGUGGGAAUUAUAGUUGUUGUUCUGUAUUUCCAAUACCAAAAAAGAAAAAUGCUGUGGGAUGAAAGUUGGAUUAUACCAUUUGAAGAAAUAAAGCAAGAUGACGGAUUGCGUGCAGCAUUUGGCAGUAUGAUAGGGAGUACUAUGGAUUUGAGCACUUCCGGUAACAGUGAUGGAAACACAAGUCUUGCUCAGUCUGCAGCUCGGAGACAAGUCUUUGUUAAAACGGCGUUAUAUCAAGGCAGAACCUGUGCAAUGCGAGCAGUAAGAAAAGUAGAAUUUUCAUUGACAAAAUUUGUUCGUCUAGAAGUCAGGGAAGUCAGAGCAUGCGACCAUGUGAAUGUAUGUAAAUUUAUCGGAGCUAGUAUUAUGGCUCCAAAUAUUCGAAUUCUGACAGAAUAUUGUCCUAAAGGAAGUUUGAGUGAUGUUCUUCUAAAUGAUGAUGUCCCGCUUAACUGGGCAUUCAGGUUUUCAUUCGCUGCGGAUAUAUCACGUGGUAUGCAAUAUCUGCACCAUCGGAAGGUAUAUCAUGGACGAUUAAAGUCAAAUAAUUGUGUUGUUGAUGACAGAUGGACAGUAAAAAUAACAGAUUUUGGUAUUCAAACGUUGAGAACCCACGAUGAAGUGACACUUGCUGACGAGGACGAUGAUUUUGAAGACGAUGAAGAUGAGUUUUAUCAAGAAAAGCGAGCUCAAAUCUACAAGGCGCCGGAAUAUCUCGACCAGAAAGCGUACGAACCGACACCGGCCGGGGAUGUGUACGCGUUCGCAAUUAUUCUAAUUGAAAUAGCAACGAGGAAUGAUCCGUAUGGGGACGAGGAUGCAUUUAGCGUCAAGCCUGGUUGGAAACCUCCAAUGCCGGACUUUGACCCAGAUAUGUGUGAGAGUAAGGACGACAUAUGCCCGUGCCCCGAUGCUUAUACAAAGUUAUUGAGUGAAUGUUGGGAUACUGUACCUGAUUAUCGCCCAACAUUUGACGAGAUUAAGAAGACAAUACACAAGAUCAACCCAAACAAACUUAGUCCAGUAGAUUUGAUGAUGGCAAUGAUGGAAAAGUACUCAAAACAUUUGGAAGCAAUAGUUGCGGAUCGAACACAAGACCUUGUUGCAGAGAAAGCCAAAACAGACAGACUCCUUAGUAUGUUACCAAAGGCAGUAGCAGACGAUCUCCGGCAUGGUCGUCCUGUGGAGGCAAAAUAUCAUGACGGAUGUACAAUAUAUUUUAGUGACAUUGUUGGUUUUACGAAUAUAUCAGGAGGUAGUACAGCGCUGGAAGUUGUAGCAUUGUUGAAUAAAUUAUACAUCACUUUUGACGAAAUCAUCGACAAAUAUGACGUAUACAAGGUGGAAACUAUAGGAGACGCAUAUAUGGUGGUUUCUGGGAUACCUAUAAGCACGCCAUUUCAUGCACGAGAGAUUGCUGAUAUGUCUAUAGACCUGGUCAGAGCUUGUGAGAUUUUCACCAUCCCUCAUAUGCCUGGAGAGCCUCUCAAAAUAAGAGUAGGAUUACAUUCCGGAUCUGCAUGCGCUGGCGUAGUUGGCCUGAAAAUGCCCAGGUAUUGUUUAUUUGGGGAUACUGUCAACACUGCAAGCCGAAUGGAAUCUAACGGUGAAGCAUACAAGAUACAUAUAAGUAAUUUCACUUACGUAGAAUUGGUUCAGUUUGGCAAAUAUUUGCUAGAAAAACGAGGAACCAUUCCUGUAAAGGGUAAAGGUGAAAUGCUAACAUGGUGGUUGACGGGAAUUGAUCCGGCAUAUGUUGAUGAAAAAUCCAAAGAAACUGAAAAUGAAGACAUAAACCAAAACAGUUUAAUAUCAGUUCGGGAAUCCCGAACCAAACUUUACAACUGCACAGAAGAUAUUUCAGGCAUCAAACCUGUAACAGCAGACGACAUUGUGAAAGAGAAAAACCUUAAAAAUGGCAUUGUUCCCCCACCCGCUGAAUACUCAAAGAAAAUAAUGUCGGUAGAUCAUAAUGGGGUUAAUACUGAAACAAACGAUAAAGAUGUUGCUAAAAUUGGAAAACGAAUUGCGUUUUCAGAUGCGCCGCUUAUUGACAACCAGUUUACACCUGUUGAAAUACCGGAAGCAGACAACAAUGUUAAAACCAGGAAAAUUAGCAAGAUCAGCAACCUGACCAGUGACUCAGGGUUCACCGAUAAAUCUGAUGAUGCAGGUGGUGAAAGAACAGAUGUUACAAUGCGCAGUUUCGAAUCUUUGCGAGAUGCAGACGAAGAAUCGAAUUCAACGCCCUAUGAAUAAUAAUCUCAAAAGUCUUUUGAAAAUGAGAAUACAAUCAUUACAAA